AUGUCGAAGCGAGGGCACGGAGGUUCCGCUGGAAACAAGUUCAAGAUGUUGCUGGGUCUGCCGGUGGCAGCCACUGUCAACUGCGCCGACAACACUGGUGCCAAGAACCUCUACAUCAUCUCCUUGAAGGGAAUCAAGGGGCGCCUCAAUAGGCUUCCUUCCGCCUGCGUUGGUGACAUGGUUAUGACCACUGUCAAGAAGCGAAAGCCUGACCUCAGGAAGAAGGUCAUGUCGGCUGUCAUCGUCAGGCAGUGCAAGCCAUGGCGCCGAAAGGACGGUGUCUUCAUGUACAUUGAAGGUACUGCUAAAUGA